AUGACUAUGAAGUUUGUCCUCUUCAUAUGCUUCCUCAUCACAUUCAUCGUGUGUUGCUCAUCGGAAACCACCACCAAUAGCACCAUAAACGGAUGGUGCACUCGAACCCCACACUACCAAACAUGCGAUCACUAUGUGGCCCAACGAAACACUUCUAACGCCACCUUAACUUUAGACCAAUUCCUAGACACGACCGUACAAGCGGCCAUUGAGGAAGCACAAGUGGUUCUAAAACUAGCCCAGGAGAUCGAGUCCAAGUACCCAAAUGUUCCAGGAAAAAGCUUAUGGGGUAGUUGCGUUGACUACUUUGACGGGAUUGUGUUCACACUUAACACGGUUCUAGACAAAACCCUCGGCCAGCCCACUCUACUUGAUGCCCAAACAUGGCUUAGUGCCGGUUUAGCCUAUAUCAACUUGUGUGAAAAAGGUUUCGAGUUGAUUCAUAAGACCGAAAGCAUGCUACCAUUACUUUCUACCAACUUGACACAACUGAUUCUCAACUCUUUGGCUAUCAGUGUUGCUAAUGAUACUCAUCAUGAUACACCCAGUUUUGUUCACUGGAACUGUAGUGAGGAGCUCAUCAAUCGGUUGCCUAUGAAAGAAGAGAAACCAAAUGCUGUAGUGGCUCAAGAUGGUUCGGGAGAUUUUAAAACAAUUCAAGAUGCUGUAGAUGCUGCAGGGUAUGGUGGGAGACGAUCAAAGAGGUAUGUGAUUUAUGUUAAGGCUGGGGUCUAUGAAGAACACGUUGAUAUUCCAAAUGCAGUAAAGUAUAUUAAGAUGUUUGGUGAUGGAAUAAAUAAAACCAUCAUCACCGGUGACCGGCAUGCUGGUGGUGAUACGCUGCUAACAGCAAAGGCUGGUGACUUGAAGGAUUCCGCAACUUUUACGGUGUAUGGUCGUGGAUUUAUCGCUACAGACAUGACGUUCAGGAACACGGCUGGGCCAGAGAAUGGACAAGCAUUAGCGUUUCUAUCAGGGUCUGACCAAUCAGUCUUGUACCGUUGCAGCAUUGAAGGCUACCAAGACACACUUCUUACUCACCAUUCGAGACAAUUUUACAAAGAAUGCCAGAUCUUUGGAACUGUAGAUUUCAUUUUCGGCGGCGCUCUAGCAGUGUUCCAAGAUUGUGAUAUUUUCUUUAGAAAACCAUUGCCCGGAGGAGGGUUAGUGGUGACGGCUCAAGGGAGGAAGUUUCUAAAUGAAAGCGGUGGAUAUAUGUUGCAAGGGUGUAAGAUAACUGCUGCAGAUGAUCUUAAGCCUAUUAUUGGUCAAUAUGAUAAAGCCUUCUUAGGAAGACCGUGGUUUGCAUAUGCCCGGACCAUUUACAUGGAAUCUUUUAUUGACGAUUUGGUGGAUCCACAAGGGUGGCUUGAUAGUUGGAACUACAAGGAAACUGCUUAUUGUGGAGAGUACAAAAACAAUGGACCGGGUUCAUCUACUGAUGAUAGGGUCAAAUGGCCACAUUACCAAGCCAUAACAGAUCCAAAGAUUGCUGAGCGUUACACACUUGCCCGGUUCAUGUCAGGAGACAAAUGGCUUCCUGCAACCGGUGUGCCUUUUAUACCCGGAUUUGAAUGAAUGUAAAUUGAU